GAAUCGAGGACAUGUAGGUUGCGAUCAUGGACGAAUCCUAUGUUGGUGUGAUUUUUCGACACCGAAAUCGAGGAACAUUUUCUUCUUUGGCAGAACCAAAGAAGAUCUCAUCUGAAUCGAAAAAGCCUGGCUCAUGACGUGCAGAGGAUGACGCAAUGACGUUGACAUUCAAUGGAGACGUGUCGACAAAGUAAUCAAACGACUUUGUUGUCAAAUAACCGGGACGCUUUGGUUUGGAAGGUACGGUUCAUGUAACAUAUUCUUGGAACGUUAAUUAGUUAAUUUGAAACAGAUUAACCUAAUUCAGUUAGCUAGACAGCCGGGCUAGAGCUCAUCGUAUUCGUGCUAAUGUGUGGUAUAGCAGAAAACAUGGAAAACGACAGAUUGUUGUCCUUCGCUUAAGUAAGACAUGAGCGUUACUUACUAUACGUUCUUCCCAACGCUUUAAAGAGAAGAUCCCUUUUUACCCCGACAGUCGGCAUGUUUUCUGCCAAGCUUCCGAUCCUCAACCAGUGCCGCGGCGAAAAGGACCCAAGCAGACACAUUUAGCUGCCUGUAGAGGUGCCUGAUUCCACACUCGCACGCCUUUGUUUUAAUCUGAUUGCACACUCGCACGCUUUUGUUUUGAUUGAACCAGUAGUUCAUGUUGGACGAGAGUGAAAAGUGGAAACCACCCAAUCAAAACCAAACAGCCAUUCAUUCUGCUGGAUUGGCAUUAUCUCUAAAGGUCCAAUGAUUCAGAACUAUUGGUAAAGUGAAAAAAAGGUAAAAGUGAGUGGGAAAUGUCAAAAUCUGUUGUCUUGUCCUCAUCUUGUUGACAAACAACGCAUUGCGGUCAUACUGCACCCUGGUUGAGCACCCCACAUGCAGACCGAGGUGGUACAUUUUUAUCCUGCCUUUGAAUGGAGGGGACGACGACAACAUAAAAUUGAGUCGAUCCUUGACAGGUAACCCGUGCAUUCCUCCGGUUCUCCUCCUUUCAGUCAGCACGCGCCACUUCUACAAGUCCAAUCAUAGCACGACGAAAGCCGCUCUCCCUCCCCUUCGCUCCGUCCAUACCCGUUUGGCAACACCAAGUGAAAGAAUUUAACGUGUGGUGCUGGUUGGCAGACAGAGUCUGAACUGGAGACUGCGUUAAGUGCCACAGUCAAAAGGCUUGGUCUACACCUACUUUAGCUGCUACACCCCCUAACCAAGAUGAAACAAAAAAAUGAUCUGAACCCCGUGCUACUGCUCCUUUUCCACCUCAUGGUGUGGAUUUACUCCUCCUUCGUCUUCAUUCCCUACUACAUUUUCACUUGGGUCUCCAGACCUGAAGGGGUCCUUUAUGGAUCUGAGCAGGAGCGUGCAAUGAGAGCAAAGGCUCACUCAGUGCUAGGACGACCUGAGGGACCUUAUCGAGCAGUGAAAGCCACCAAGGGACUUGUAAGAACGCUGUACCCGGGACUGGACACCCUGGCGAAGAUUUUUGAGUGUUCCGCCAUGAGAUUCCCCCACAGAGAUUGUCUCGGUACAAGAGAGGUGAUCAGUGAGGAAGAUGAGCAGCAGACCAACGGCAAGAAGUUCAAGAAGGUUGUUCUAGGGGAGUACCACUGGCUGUCCUAUAGGGAGACCCUCUCUGCAGCAUGCCAGUUUGGCUGUGGUCUGGCAUCACUGGGGCAGAAGCCGAAACACAACAUUGCCAUAUUCUGUGAGACACGAGCCGAAUGGAUGAUCGCCGCUUUGGCCUGCUUCAUGCACAAUUACCCACUGGCUACUUUCUAUUCGACACUGGGGGGUCCAGCCAUUGCUCACGGAUUGAAUGAGACAGAAGUUACGCACAUCAUUAGCAGCCGAGAGCUCCUGGAGACCAGACUCAAGGCUAUUCUAGCUAAAGUUCCAAAGCUGCAGUGCAUCAUAGUGGUGGACAACACUCCAACCUCAUGGCCAGGCUUUCCCAGUGGCAUUAGUAUCCACAACAUGGCCGAGGUGCAGAAGCUGGGCGUCAGACCAAAAAAUGAAAUUUCUGAGCAAAAUCAGCCUCUAGCUUCUGACAUUGCAGUCAUCAUGUAUACAAGUGGAUCCACAGGUACUCCCAAAGGUGCCCUGAUCUCUCAUAGCAACAUUAUCGCUGCCUUCACAGGAGUGGCCGAACGGAUACCUAACUUGAGUGAGAAAGACACUUACGUUGGCUACCUUCCCCUGGCCCAUGUACUGGAGCUGAGUGCUGAGCUUGUGUGCAUUUCUCACGGUUGUAGGAUUGGCUAUUCUUCACCUCAAACUCUCUCUGACCAGUCAACUAAGAUUAAGAAAGGCACCAAAGGAGAUGUCAGUGUCCUGCAGCCCACUCUGAUGGCAGCUGUCCCUGAGAUCAUGGAUCGCAUUUUUAAGAAUGUGAUGGCCAAGGUUGAGGAGAUGAACUUUUUCCAGCAAACACUCUUCACUCUUGCCUACAACUAUAAAUUGGAUCAGCUCACCAAAGGUUACGGCACGCCUCUGUGUGACAAAUUGGUCUUCAGUAAAGUUUGUGCUCUUCUCGGAGGCCAUUUACGAGUGUUAUUUUCGGGUGGAGCCCCGCUCUCCACUGCCACCCAACGCUUUAUGAAUGUAUGUUUCUGCUGCCCUGUGGGUCAGGGAUACGGCCUGACAGAGACCUGUGGCGCUGGAACAGUUAGUGAAGUGUGGGAUUACAGCUCUGGGCGAGUGGGAGGACCGCUAGUGUGCUGUGAGAUCAAGCUGAAAGACUGGGUAGAGGCGGGCUACCUUCACACUGACAAGCCGCACCCACGAGGAGAGAUUCUAAUUGGUGGACCCAACGUAACUAUGGGAUAUUACAAGAACCGUGCGGAAAAUCAAAGUGAUUUUUUUGUUGACGAGAGUGGUCAACGCUGGUUCUGCACUGGCGACAUUGGGGAGAUUCAUGAAGAUGGAUGCCUCAAGAUCAUUGAUCGUAAGAAAGACCUUGUGAAGCUGCAAGGAGGAGAGUACGUCUCCCUGGGAAAGGUGGAAGCUGUAUUGAAGAAUUGCCCUCUGGUUGACAACAUCUGUACCUAUGCCAAAAGUGAUGAGACGUACGCUAUCGCCUUUAUGGUGCCAAAUGAGAAGCAGCUGCAAACUCUGGCUGAUCAAUAUGGCAUCAGUGGCUCAAGGGAGGAGCUUUGCAACAACAAGGUCAUGGAAGAGCUGGUGCUCAAGGUCAUCAAUGAGGCCGCUCUAGCAGCCCAACUGGAGCGCUUUGAGAUCCCCCGCAAGAUCCAUCUGAGUCCAGACAUGUGGACUCCUGAGACAGGACUAGUAACUGACGCAUUCAAGCUCAAGCGAAAGGAGCUGGAAAUCCAUUACCGGAAUGAGAUUGCAAAGAUGUACAAUGGGAAAUGAUGACAUGGACAAUUGACAGUCCACAAACAAAGCAGAAAUGUACAAAGUUCCGAAAUUUGUGGGUUGUGUUUUCCCUUUGGACUGUUACCCAGCUUCCACGUUGGUUGUUUCUACUUGAAUUUGUAGCUGAACCAAAGUAGAAUGAUUACAUAGUACUGGAUACGUGAAGUUUGCAGGAAGUGCAAUCAAUGUGUCUGCUGCUGCCUUUUCUUCUCUUGUCCAUGUGUAUGACCCCUGUCUCAAGUGGUUUAUUGUUCCAGAUGGAACUUAUGAAACAAGACUGUGGUGUGUUUAGCUGUGUUCUGUUCAACUCGCCUGAGUUCACAGCAAGAAGCUUUGGAUUGCAUUUGAUUGCACACUUUACUUUACUUUGUUUACUUUUGUCGCAGAGUUGUUUCUUUAUUCGUAAUCUUAAGGAUAAUUAUACUUUUAUCUGUCCUGCAGGUCUGGAGACACUUGGCUCUUUUGUUCUUUUGGCCUGAACAUUGAUUUGAUAUGUUCAAAGUUGAUUAUUCAUGGUAUGUAGUAUGUUAAUUUCAAAAUCACAGAAUAAUUUCACAUUUUAAUUGUGAGUAUUUUGUCAACUUUUAAUGGCACAUUUUUAUCAGUGUAUAUGAAGUACCCAGAUUUGCCCUGAAUGGGAUUAUUUUAACGUUGGAAACAGAUGGUCUGUUGUUUAGUUUGCUCAGCUGCUGUACAAUGACACUACUUUCCAAUGUGCUGAACACACACUCCAGAAAUAAUUUAUUUAUGUAUUUUACAGUAGUCUGUAAAGCGUUAUUUUGAUGAACAGGGCAAACUUAAAAAUGUCUGAUCACUAAGCAAGAAAGGUAGUUGAUUACAAAAAAUGUUGAAACACCAAUAACAAGCUAAGGACAGUCUGAGACUUAAACUUAACCAGCACAUGUAGGGAACAUGAUAGUUUAAUUUUGGGGGAAAAUGAUAGUUUAAUUUUGGGGGGUGUUUUGUUUGUGUGUCUGAUCCAGAGUGAAAUAAAAUGAGUUAAGACUACGCAGCACGAUAUGCCAUUGUAAAUGGAGACGGUGCCUUCUAGAAUGGUCUGUAUUCUGUCGUGGUGGAAAGUGAAUUGGGACAAAAUAAGCAAUGACACACAACAAAGAAACUGAAGUUAAGACUUUAGUUUCCUGAUUUACACUUUGUAGCUUCUAGAGCCUUUUGAAGCAGGAUUAUAGCUCUUUCCUGUCAUGUAAAUGAACCGGGGGGGGGGAGUCACUGGAGAAUAUCGUUUUUUGAUGGAACCAGGCUGGGUACGCUGGCAGACUUCCACAGUCCAGAAGCAUGUAUCGUUUGUUUCACUGAAGAAAUUCAAUUGUAUUACAUUUUGAGUCUUGAGUUAUUGCCUUGUGUUUCAUUGAAAAGAAUAAACACUGCUGUUUAAUUGA